UCUACAAUAUGCGCCACUUCGACGCCUGGGUCAUCCGCGACCCCUACAGCAUCUGGCACUACUAUCCCACCCAAACCUCCUCCAACUGGACCAACACGGUCCGCGAUCUCGUUAUCUCGCGACAGAUCUGUUCUCCAACACCCUCACCUUCCCCCGCAAUCAACCCCUACACACCACCACCAAACCCGCAAUCCCAAUCUCCGCUCUCCCGCCUCCCUCCAGAAAUUCGCUCUAUGAUCUGGUCCUACGUCUUCCCUCCGGCAACCCUGCACCUGGUAACAAUCAAAAACAAACUCCGCCACAUCCGCUGCCAAGCCCCCAAUCUGCCAUCCGAACUAACCCACCACCGCCACUGUUGCCCCACGACCCCGGCCCGCUGGCGCGUCUAUGAUGGUCGAGUCCCCGGCCACUCGGAUCGACUGCUCUACCCACACACCCACGAGCAACUGCCCGACCUAGUGAGUGAUGGGAACGUCGCGCUCUUGCGAACGUGUCGGGCCAUCUACGCCGAGACGGCAGAUGUGCUGUAUCGGAAUUCGACAAUCGACGUGGAUGAUCUCUAUACGUUCAUCGCGUUCUGCGAGUCAAUCCCGUUGCGUGCGCGGAAUGCGAUUCGUAGGUUGACGGUGCAGUGGAUGCCUGUUUGGGAACCACUGGCGGGAUUGGAUCAUAAGGGUUCCAUCUAUGCGCAUACACAUAGUGAUGCGCUCUGGACGGCUUUCUGGGCCCGGGUCGCGGGCUUGGAUGGGUUGAAGGAGUUGGGGUUGAGUGUUGAUCUGGGACGGUUUACGGGGACGAAGUUGCCGCUGGUGUUGAAGGAGAGAUGGUUGUUGCCCUUGUUGAAUGUGCGGGGAUUGACUGUCUUUGAGUUGGCGGUGACGGCGAGGUGUGAUGAGGCGGCGAAAGGGGUGAUUGAAAGUGGCUUGGUGAGGGAUGCCGCCGUAUUGAGGGAUCAAUUGAGGGCGGUGAUGUGUUCGGACGUUGGAGUGAAUUUGGCCGAUGUCGAGGGUUUGGAGAUCGAUUUCGAGAUGGAAUUGGGCAUCAAGGAGCCGUUGAAGGGGAGGCAGGGACCAUUGAUGAUUGAGGCGUGA